CCUCCAUCCCCCGAGGGUUCAGUCCAUUCUGGCCGUCAACUUGCCAUUGCCAUUGCGACCAUCGCGUCGAAACCAGCCUGCGAAAAGCCCACCCAAUUCGAUGAAGGGACCUUCACCCAGCCCGCAGACCAAAACGCAUGGCGGCUCUCAUCGCUCGUCGAGACGACCCGAUUCGAACUCGGUUCCAAUUCCCGUAAUCAGCGGCAACCCGCCCCCCCUCGACACGUCCAAGUCCAACAACAACAACAACAAGCAUGCCAGCCCAGCCUCACCCUCGCUCCCUGGCGCCCACGGCAGCCCAGGCGGCGCUGGCGGCGGAGUCGCAUCUGCGCAGCCGGCGCCGGCUACUGAUGGGGACAGUAGUAGUAGUAGCCGACCCGUCAACACACCGCAGGCUGCACAAUCGGGGGCUGUCGUAGGACCUGAGGGCGAGAAGCAAGAUGCCGAGGCAAAGGAACCGAAGCCGCCCGUGGUGCGGCGCGUCUGGCACAUAUUUAAGGCAGUCAUUCUCCAUUCCAAGAUCAAUGUGCUGCUGGCCUUUGUGCCCGUCGGCAUCGCCGUCGCCCAAGUGGACGGCCUGUCGCCGGGCCUCGUCUUCGCCAUGAAUGCGCUCGCCAUUGUCCCGCUUGCCGGCCUGUUGAGCUUCGCGACCGAGUCGGUGGCCCGCAGGCUCGGCGACUCGCUCGGCGCGCUGCUGAAUGUGACGUUUGGCAACGCCGUCGAGCUGAUCAUCUUUAUUGCGCUGGUCAAGAAUGAGAUUCGCGUCGUCCAAGCUUCGCUGCUUGGCUCCAUUCUGGCCAACCUGCUGCUUAUCCUGGGCAUGUCCUUCUUCCUCGGAGGCCUUCGCUUCCGUGAGCAGAUCUACAACAGCACCGUGACUCAGAUGAGCGCUUGUCUCCUGAGUCUGAGUGUGGUCAGUCUCGUCCUGCCGACCGCAUUCCACGCAUCGUUCAGCGAUAGCGACCUUGCAGAUGCGCAAUCCCUCAAGAUCAGCCGGGGCACCAGUGUGGUCUUGCUGCUGGUGUACAUCGUGUACCUGCUCUUCCAGCUGAUCUCGCAUGCCUACAUGUACGAGUCAACGCCGCAGCACAUCAUCGAUGAGGAAGCAACACCAGGCCCCGUCGCCAACUGGCUGGACUCGUCCAGCUCCGACGGCAGUUGCUCGAGCGACUCGGACUCGUCGGAUUCGGACCACUCUCGAGAGACCAUGUCAAGGCGGAUGAAGCGCGUUAUGCAUCGCCGCCGGCGGUCAAGCGUCGUUUCGGCAGAGGCAGCCGGAAGCGUGAGCCCUGGCUUUUCUCGCACGGCUUCGGCGGGCACGAGCGAUAUCCUCCCGGUCAAGGGAGAACCCAAUUCGGAAGAAUCCUCGUCCCGCCCUGCUCUGAACCACCGAAAGUCAAGCAACGGCGUGCACGAUGAGGGCGAAGACGAAAAGGCCCACCGUCACGGCAAACAUCACCGUCACCGCCUCCCUCGUAGGAAGCAUCGCAAGCACAAGCACCGGGCGAACGUCACGGCGUCCCCCGAGACCGUGAGCGAGACAAUCGACGAGAACGCCGUGGUGGAGCCUUCGGCUCGUGACCUGCGGAGAGUCGAGUUUGCCCCCGAUGUGGCUUCCACCCGUGGAAACCUCGCGGGCGAGCCACGGUCCCGGAGCCCCUUCCAAGGGCUGCGCGCCAUGUCCCUUCGGCCCGUCGUUAGCAGCCUGGCGCCGACCGUGUUCACCCAGCCUCCCACCGCCGCCACGACCCAUGUCCCGUCCGGCCCGGUCCCCCGCGUGCGCUACGGCAUCCGCCGGACCAACUCGCUGCCGGACCGCCUUGACCAGUACUAUCGCGCGCCCGGAGCCAUGAUGCCCUCGCAGAUCCCGCUGGCGCGCCCCCCGACCAAGGCCAUCAUCGCCGAAGAGGCGCACACCGUGGAACUGUCGCGCACCGCUGCUGUGAUUCUCCUGCUCCUGUCGACGGCGCUCGUCGCCGUCUGCGCCGAGUUCAUGGUCGACUCGAUCGACGGGCUCGUCGAGACGAGCACCCUCAGCGAGAUCUUCAUCGGUCUCAUCAUCCUGCCCAUCGUCGGCAACGCGGCCGAGCACGUCACGGCCAUCACGGUGGCCAUGAAGAACAAGAUGGACCUGGCGAUUGGCGUCGCCGUCGGCAGCUCGAUCCAGAUCGCGCUCUUCAUCACGCCGCUCAUCGUCAUCAUCGGCUGGAUCAUGAACCGCGAAAUGACGCUCUACUUCACAUUGUUCGAGACGGUCUGCCUGUUCGUCUCGGCCUUCAUCACCAACUUCCUGGUGCUCGACGGCCGCAGCAACUACCUCGAGGGCGCGCUGCUGAUGGCGACCUACGUCAUUAUCGGUGUCGUCGCCUUUUUCUACCCCAACGCGAACGACGCCAGCGCCCGGGUGUUUUAGGUAGGGUGUGCCGGCGGUAAAGGUCUGGUUGUUGUUCGCGGCAAUCGGAGAUAUCAUGGAAGAGACUCAAGGCGAAGGGAAGAAGAGGAGUCGGGGAGUCGGAGAGUCGGGGAGUCGGUUUGGGAAGUGCCAGACUGGGCUCGCCAUGGCAGGUGUCGGGGGUGCUGGGGUGGGAGAGGUUUUGCAGAGCGGGGAGCGGAGGGUCACAAGGCGCUGAGCUGAGCAACUUACCAAGAGCCAACAGAUUGAGCACGGCAAGCGAAGCGGUACUUGCGUUAAGCUGAGUUGCGUUGAUGGUUUUUUCCCGAGACGGUAGCCUGUCAAGCAAGUGAUGAACGCGAGCUGCAAGGGGACGAGUGGUGGGCAACAUCACCUUAAGCAGCGCUCCUGCAAACCCCAUAGCUUGAUGGACAUCUUUUUUCCAGGUGCUGCUUCCAGUGUCCCUGAGUACAUACGUGGCGUGGUAUCUUAGCAUUUGGGGAAGUCAUUCUCGUGGGGGCGGUAAUGCGAUGCACCUUUCCUGCUUCCGUU